CGGCGGGGCAGCACGCGACAAACAGCUGGAGGAGCAGAGAGUGAACGCAGCUCGCGGACUCGCGGCACUUUGUUCUCCGUUUUUUGGCACCAUGUGGGCGCGAGCUGUGCUGUGCGCGGCGCUGCUGUCCGCGCUCUGCCCGGCGGGGAGGACGGAAGCCGAGAGGGACGAGAGAGACGUCCAAGACUACCACUACACCAACUCCAACAGACUGCUCGGCGCUCUACACGAAGUGUUGGAGAAACUGCAGACUAAGAGGAUUAAUCCCUGGGAGAAGAAGUAUGGACAGGUCCCCUCUUGUGACCUCGGGGAACACUGCGCCGUCAGGAAAGGAUCUCGUAUUGGGAAGAUGUGCGACUGUCCUCGAGGAGCUUUCUGCAACUUCUUCCUGCUGAAGUGCUUAUGAGCCAAUCAGAUCCCCAAGAACAGCAAGAGUAUAUUUUAAAAUGUAUAUAUUUACAAAUAUAUAUAUAUAAAGUCUGACGUUAUGUAAAGUAGCC